AACAUGGAGAUCUUAAGUAACUUGACAUCUACAUUUCCAAAUUUCUUGUUGGCUGGCAUUCCUGGCCUGGAGUCUGCUCACGCCUGGAUCUCCAUUCCCUUCUGCUGUCUUUAUGCCAUUGCUCUCUCUGGGAACAGCAUGAUCCUGUUUGUCAUCAUUACCCACCAGAGUCUCCAUGAGCCCAUGUACUAUUUCCUCUCCAUGUUAUCAGCUACUGACCUGGGCUUGACUGUGUCUACAAUGUCUACAACAUUAGCUAUACUUUGGUUUAAUGCAAGAGAAAUCAGUUUAGAUAGCUGCAUAACCCAAAUGUUUUUUCUUCAUGGAUUUACUGUCAUGGAAUCUGGGGUGCUAGUGGCUAUGGCCUUUGACCGCUAUGUGGCAAUCUGUGACCCCCUAAGGUAUACUACUAUUCUCACUAAUUUCAGGAUUAUUCAGAUGGGCACCUUAAUGAUUAUACGUAGUGUAGUAUUAAUAGCACCACUACUCUUGCUCCUUAAGCCCCUGUAUUUCUGUAGAGCAAAUGUCCUUUCCCAUUCUUACUGUUACCAUCCAGAUGUGAUUAAAUUAGCAUGUUCAGAUACUCGGGCCAACAGCAUCUGUGGAUUAAUUGAUCUCAUCCUGACCACAGGGGUGGAUACACCAUGCAUUGUCCUCUCUUAUAUCUUGAUCAUUCGCUCUGUGCUGAGUAUGGCCUCUCCCAAAGAACGACACAAGGUCUUCAGUACUUGCAUGUCCCACAUUGGAGCAGUAGCUAUUUUCUACAUCCCCAUGAUGAGCUUGUCCUUGGUGCAUCGCUAUGGCCAAUCAGCCCCCAAAGUGAUCCAUUCAAUGAUGGCCAAUAUAUACCUGCUUUUGCCCCCUGUGCUCAACCCCAUCAUCUAUAGUGUAAAAACAAAACAGAUUCGCAAGGCUAUCCUCAGUCUUCUCCUUGCAACUAAGCAGAGGUGA